CAGGUGAAAAUAUUUAAAACAUUUUUAUUCGUACAAUCUAAAUGUUAGAUUCAAGUAAAUAAUUCAAUUAUCUAAACGUAAUACGAACAUGGAAGAUGAGAUGGAAGAAGAGUUUUACAAUAAUUGUAUGAAAAUGUAAGUUGAACCAGCUGAUAUUAAUCACGUAAGAUGAAAGGUGAAAGCUGAAAGGAACUAGCUCGAGAACUGUACAAGCAAUUACAGAGUUAGCAUCCCCUAUAUUGAUCACGCGCUGUGUCAUUUCUUUCUCCGUCUUUCUCUCAGAGAACUCUGAUUUUCCGACGCACGUGCGCGGACACGUUUUUCCAUAUUGAAUAUAUGUAUGCGAGUACAUUCAUCGAACAUCAGCUUACGUUUCCAUUUUAUUAAUUUUAAUCGUGGCGAUUGUUCUUCCAGCAUUAAAAUAUAUUCGCGAUUUGAAUAAGUGCUAUCCAAGUAUCGAAUGUUUGACGUUAUUCGAAAAAAAAAAACGUUAUGGAUGAAUAAAAGGUGAAUAAAAAUGAAAGUAAAAUUUGUAUAAAAAAUGAAGAGCAUUUUAUUGAUGAAUCGACAAUGCAAGUAAUAAAAGCAACGGUGCGGUGGAGGAUUGGCAACUCGAAGAUGGAGGGGUUACCGCCACGAAAGUGACGACGGCGCCGUGUUUAGCCGCUACUGCCGCCGCUUCGCGGCGAGGGAUGGAGAUCACCGGACGACGAGCGAUGUCAGGGCUGCUGCCGCCGUCGGUUAACACGCACAGGUUCACACCCAUCCUCGCCGAUACCUUAAACCUCUCUGACAUCGCGGGAAACGAAGAGGAUCGCUUUCGAUCGGCGGAAACUAUUGUUGUCGGAUUUCGGUGAAUAAUCGAUUUGAUCGUAGUGCGUAUCCAGAUCGGUGAAAAUAAUUGCGAUCGGGCAAUAGAAAAAAGUGUUGUAAUGUGCAUCGGGCGAGUGUAGGGUGGUCGAAUUUGCUGUGAUGGUUCGCGCGAUCUUGAAACAGAAUCGAAGUAAAAGUAGGGAGAGAUAAAUAAGGAGAGAGGUUAAGCGUGUAUAGAAUUUAAUAAACUACGCGAGAAUAUUUAGCGUGUAAGUACACGUUAAUCGUUCGAGUGAGAAAUUCAUCUUUGGUCCUGCGUGCAAUUGGGAUGUCGUAAGUGUCCUUCCUAGAGGGUGGGCGGAAGGGAGAGUGGAAGGGUGGGAGAGGAAGAAGAUAAUUCAGACAGGAGCGAGAAAGGAAGAGGGUAGAGAAUUGCAUAUGGGUUUUCGACGUUGGAAGAGAAUGUGUUUCGUUUAGUGUUAUCGAGGCUCCUUCUUGGAGUGUGUGCGUAUUAUCGAAACGACAAUAAGCGAUGAGGUUAGCCGCUGAGAAUUUCGCCUCUUCGAAUCGGGGCUCGUUUCACGGAUGCCACUCGCAAAGACCCAUGCGCUCAAGGAUGCAAGUAAUCAGGAUGAGCGAACCGAGCGAGGAGUCGCAUUCAGUGAAAGCUGUAAUCGAUAAGCUUGGGCUCGAGAGAUUCUGAACUCUGUGAUCAUUUGUGGAAGGCGACAUUGUUACAAGGAUGUAGGGGGGCCCACGCUCGGGGCCCCGGUGAGGGUUUCCUCCGAACUCUUUUCACGUUCACCUUCGUAGAAGAAAAACAGAGUCGUGUCAAGCGACUUAUCAGGACUUCCGUGCGUAUAUUAAAGUGCAUACAUUACGUAUAAUUAAACACGAGGCAAGAGAGAUCGUUCCUCCAACCGGAAGUAACAGGCUAAGCCUGUUUAUCGAAAGGAAUGAUCGACGCUUAUUUUUAACAAUUUAACGCAAUUCUCUUAAGGAAUACCCCGUCGAUAAUCUUCUCGUCGUUUGUAGUCGUUAAUAUCGGUGUACGUGGAUGCAACAGCUUAGUAAUUGUUAGUGAAGUUUGAAAUUCCCGCGCGACUUUGGCGACCGUUAGUUCGAAUCAACCGAUCGAGAAACUGUGCUCGAAGUCUUCGAGGAUGCGUUCACGUUUACGGAAAACGUAGGUGUUGCUAGCGGAAAUAUAGGUCGCCAAGUCGAUAGUAGCAUGGAACGCGAGGAUGCAAGAGGAGCAGCGAAAAGAAUGGGACGCGAUAACGACGUUAAUAUCGGCGAAUCAUUUUUUCGGUGAUGAUGGGGCGGCUUCGUGUGUCGUCAAGUUUAAUCGUGCACGUCGCGUCAAGAUUCGACCAAAGCGUCGCUCUCUUCUUGUAAUCGAGUAGACCAGCGUCUAUCAUAAAGACCAGCGAAAAUGGUCGAUUUAGGAGGAUACAUUAUCAUACUGAUCAACCACAAUGACAAGAUCAAACUAUACGGUUCACCGGCUGACAACGCGGACACGUUGGAAGUGGCCGAUGAAAUUUUACAAGUGAAUGGUAAUACGUUGGAAAAUGCCAGUCAAUCCGAAGUCAUUCAGUAUAUUUAUCAGUGUAUCGAAUCGCGAACGAUAUGUCUGCGAGUGCGGAGGAGAAGCGGAAACAAGAUGGUAGAGCUGGACGGCUUCAACGCUGGUCGGGUUCGAGAAGCUUGGAUCAUCGCUGUCGAAAGGCCAGCAAAAGAAAGACUGCAGAGGCUGGCAUCCCACUGGAGGAUUCAACCGCGGGAUAUUCAAGCGAUUUUACACCAGCAGAUCAACGAGGCAGUCGCGUCCACGAGCGGGGACAGUGCGGGCAAAAAUGUGACGGGCAACCAAAUAACCGUGACGCUUGCCGACAAGGAACCAAGUUCGAACUCGUUCACACCGAAGCUGAGCAACGGUACGAUUCCAAAGGGUUUAGGGAAGGAGGUGAAAGACGGGAAAGAAGGAAAGGACGCAUCGGAGAAACAACAGAUCUGCCCCGAGGAGACGAAACUUUUGACACCGGUGCAAGGCGGAAGAAUUGGAGAACGACGUGCCAGCAGUCCCUUCCAAAAUGGUCAGACAGAAGUCCUGAUCGGCGAACCGGAGGGCGGCCCGAGGUCGCCGCGGGGAUCCACCUCUUCGGCGGUGAACGACGCCAAUUUCCUCAACACACCGGAUGAACGUGACGAUCAGAAGCCAAUUUGCAGGUCCCGAAGGCGUAGCGUCGUGACGGACAUACACUCGCAGCAGCAACAGCAACAACAGCAACAGCAACAACAGCAGCAGCAGCAGCUGCAGGAGAACAACAACAGUAGCUCGCGGGAGGGAAAGAAGGCUGCGGAGGGGCUGGUUCCCGAUGAGAUGUGGGCCCCUGGCGGGCUAGGGCCUCACCGGGAGCUACCAGUCGACGUGCCCGACACCCUUCUGCAGAAGGCCUAUCCCAACAAGGUAAACAACUGCUCCUCCGAGUAUCGGAACGAGCUUCGUGGUCCCCGUAGCGCUAGCGACCUCGAUCAUCUCGAUCACCUCUCCCUAAACCUUAAAAACGUCGACACCCUUAAAUCGCCGUCGACGCGAAUCACCAACGCUGACGAUCGCGCUAGAAUCGUGCCGUCCGUCGAUCUUUCAACCGACAUCACCGACGACUCGAUCUCGAGACACUGCCUGAGAAACGGUCAGCCUCAAGUGCUCAAGAUCGAACUGAAGAUCGAGUCGUCGGAGAACCUCGAGGACGAGGAGGAGAACGAGAACGAGAACGAAGACGAGCCGAAAGACAUCAAGGACGCUGGAAAGGAGACGGAUUUGGACAAGUAUCGAAACAGUCCGUCUACCUUAGGCUCGCCGGACUUGAAGAAUCCUUUCAAGGAUUUCGAGGAGGAGGAAGAAGAAGAGGACGAAGGAGUGAACGAGGAGACUACCGGUCAGAAAGAGUCGAGCGUCGACGUGGACGUCGAGGAGGAUUAUCCUUUCGCUAAGGAGGACUAUCCGACUAUGUUGAAAACCUGCAGCGACGACUCGGCCAGUCCCAGAAGUUCCUCCGGACGGUCCGACAGCACCGCGCCCCUCGAUAGCAGCCUAGUGUUGAGGCACGCGAAGAAUCGUGGCAAAGAAUCGCCCGCAUACGACGCCAGAAGGAUAGAUCUCGGUUCGCCUUGCAGACCGGUCGUUCCGGACAUAAAAAUAGCCCCUCUGUUCGGUAGAACCCGGGACACAACGUCCUUCGACAAUCCCGCCUACGGAUUAGCCGACCUGCAAGAUCUCCAAGGGCUGCUGAUGAGGUCGGACGAGGUGUCGGACUUGACCAGGCUGAUCGACGAGCAAUGCACGAUAUCCAGAAUGCCUCGUGAUCAGGAGCGAGCCUCUCCGACGUUACAGAGCCCGUCGCGACCGGAGACUACCCCUUCGAGCAAGUCGGCGAAGAGUACGAAGACUCGGAGACAAAGCGAGGGGGAACGCUCGAAACAGAAGGCGAAGACGAGAAGCGUGGACGCGGAGGAGCUGAUACGAGCCGGAUCGAGCGAGGAUCUUCUGGGAAUCGAGUCGGGCAGCAGUCUCUCCUCGUCCUCGAGGCAACGGCCGAAGAAGAAGAGACACCAGCAGAUCUCCAGCGGUUACUCGACCCUAAGGAGCGACGCGUCCACCGAUCUCGAGCACCUAGAUCGUAGCUUCCUUAUGGUAGCCGGGAAAACGUACCGCGAGGUGGCCGUCGAUUGUCCGCCCGAUUUCGUACCCGUCACCAAGUGCCACCCCGUCUAUCCCCCGCCUAACAAGACCCCGAACAACAGCAAGCACAACACUCUAGAACCGAAACGGGAUCGUGGCGGGAAGUCGAACGAUAAGUGCAACGUUAACAGAGACAGUAGAGAUGCGUUAACCGGCUGCGGGGAGGACGGGAGUGGCGCGUGCACUGGCAACAGCAGCAGCACGAUCCUAGUAGCCUCGUCACCACCCUGCAUUCCCUCGAACGACCUUAGUAGCUUCGCUGCUCUAGCCAGCGGCGAGGAUACUAGCGCCACGGAGAACGUGGCCGCGCGCACGCUAGACAGAAAACGCGACUCCUCGUCGAAGAAGGCCGGUCUGAACGGAGUGAAACCAGCCAUCCCUCCGAGAGAUCAAAAAAGGGCACCUGCCAGACCACCGAAAGAUAAUCUACGUUUGUCCGCCAGCCAGAACAACAAUGUGGAAUCGACCGAUAACGCGAACGCCGAGCCCACGCAGCAGCAACUGCAUUCCAUCAGGAAAUACCAGGAGCAGUUGCGGAAACGAAAGGAUGAGGAGGAGAGGCAAGAGAUACUCAAUCGAUCGCUUCGUGGAUCUAGAAAGCUGCAGGCAUUGGAAAGUCACGCGACGAGUCUUUCUGGCCAAGAGAAUCCUGCUUACGCUCAAGAUGAGGUGACCACCGUCGCUCGUCCGACCCAUGUCGUUGCAAAUGCAACGCAAGAAGUCGAGGAGCCUCCCAGGCCCCUCACGUACGGAGAGGUCGUCGCUACGUUGGAGAGGCUACAACUUCAGCUGCGCAACAUUUCUGGUGCUCUGGGCAUCUCUGGUCCGGGAGUGGAAGCCGAAUUGGAAGCGGUGCGAACACUUUUGGUACAGAGUCGGUUCGCGUCUGCUUUAGCCACCCAUCAUGCUCUGAAGAAUCGCUUAAGAUCCAGCAAAGCUCUGAAACAUCAUGCCGAGGAUGCGUCCAGCUUGGCUCGUGACGUCGUCGACAUUCUCGAGAAAUGGCAGUCCUCGUCGACGGCAGCAGGUGUCGGCGGAGCGGAAACGAUCGCCGCCGUGGAGGAGCUGACCGGAAUUCUGACGAGCUACGACAUGGAAGCUCUCCUUCUCGCUCACGACUCAAUCGUCUCGUGCGUCGACGGUUUGCAGAGAAAGCAGAGUCCUUCCUCAUCGUCACCCAGUGGUCCUCCCAGUCCGAAUUCCAGCUGGAGAGGCUCUCGAGGCGUGGACAAUAUCAAGAUCAUCAGAAUCGAGAAGACUAACGAACCUCUGGGUGCUACGGUUAGAAACGAGGGCGAUGCCGUUAUCAUAGGUCGCGUGGUUCGUGGCGGUGCAGCGGACAAAUCCGGGUUGCUGCACGAAGGCGACGAAGUUCUGGAGGUGAAUGGUGUGGAAAUGCGCGGGAAAAGCGUGAACGAGGUGUGCGACAUUCUGGCCGGCAUGCAAGGCAGUCUUACGUUUCUCGUGCUUCCAGCUCCCACGAGUCAGAGAAAUAAUUUGUCCAAUAGAAGGGAAGACACCAACCAGAUACAGCAUAUACGAGCUCAUUUCGACUACGAUCCAGAGGAAGAUCCUUAUAUUCCUUGUCGAGAGUUGGGUGUAAGCUUUCAGAAAGGUGACGUGUUACACGUGAUCUCUCAGGAGGACCCGAACUGGUGGCAGGCAUACAGAGAAGGAGAAGAGGAUCAAACUCUGGCUGGCUUGAUACCUAGCAAAGCUUUCCAGCAUCAACGAGAAUCCAUGAAACAAACAAUCGCCGGUGACAAAUCGACCGUCCGCGGUUCGAAAAAGUCCAGCACGUUGUUGUGCGCCAGAAAGAAUCCAAAGAAGAAAAAACGAAACAAAUUCGGGGCGAACUACAACGAUGACGGCUAUCCGCAUUACGCGACAACUGCCAUCGAUGAUUACGACAGCGAAGAGGUGCUAACGUACGAGGAAGUAGCUUUGUAUUAUCCGAGGGCGAAUCACAAGAGACCAAUAGUUCUGAUAGGGCCACCGAAUAUCGGACGGCACGAGUUGAGACAAAGGCUGAUGCAGGACAGCGAACGUUUUGCAGCGGCUAUUCCUCAUACCAGUCGUCCUAGGAAGGAUUCCGAAGUGGACGGCCAAGACUACCAUUUCAUCUCCCGUUCUCAGUUCGAGUCCGACAUUCUGUGUCGAAAGUUCGUCGAGCACGGUGAAUACGAGAAAGCGUAUUACGGCACAUCCGUCGAGGCAAUUCGAUCCGUCGUGAACUCUGGGAAAAUCUGUGUCCUUAAUCUUCAUCCUCAGAGCUUGAAAAUCCUGCGAAACUCGGACUUGAAGCCUUACGUAGUGUUUGUCGCACCUCCGAGCUUGGAGAAGCUUAGACAGAAGAGGAUCAAGAACAAUGAAAGCUUCAAGGAGGAAGAAUUGAAGGAUAUAAUAGAGAAAGCAAGGGAAAUGGAGGACAAGUACGGCCACCUUUUCGACAUGAUCAUCAUAAACACCGACACAGACCGAGCUUACAACCAGUUGUUAACGGAGAUCAAUUCGUUGGAAAGGGAGCCUCAGUGGGUGCCUGCGUCUUGGAUACAGUAAACGUAAAGCCUUUCAAACCAUCCCAGAUUUUCGCUGGAACGGCAGCGGAGGCCAGUAUUCGAGAGAGGCGACUUGAAAGUCUGACUGGAAGAAAUUGUCAUAAAGGGCAGGUUCUUUUAUCGGUGCCUGUGUUAUACAAUAUUACGUUUCGUACAGUAACGCUCGUCGCCCAGGCUGUCGUACUCCAAGUACCGCUGCUUCGGUGCAGUCUUCCGUGUCGUAUUUGGUGCCAUUGGAUGCUCGAGGAUCGUCGUCGAUAAUCUUCCAGAUUCUUCGUUCCUCGACUUCGAGCUCUGCGUCGCGUGGAAACAGAUAAACGAGAUAACCUCGUCUCUGGAGUCGGAUAAAUCCCAAAGAAAUAAUCCUUUGGUUGUCGGAUGCACGACGCACGUUUCUCGAGGAUUUCACUCUGCACAAUUUGUGUUCGCAUAGAGAUACGGUGUUGCCUUUCGAAAAAGGCAAAAUUUUACCACUUCUCAUUCUCAAGCUAUAAGGACAUGCCUUUCAAGUUUUACUUUGAUAUUUAAAUAACAACUUUUGCACACUGAUAGAUUGUGAUAUUCCAAAUGUAUGAACGCUGCGGUCCAAGUGUGCCUCCUCAUCAACAGUCCAGAACCAAAAGACAAAUUCUAAUCUCGAUUUUUUUCUUACCACAACACGAUUACCAAACUCGUGCCAUUUAGAGAGGCAAUGCAGUAAUCUCGAAGAAAAAGUCGCUACAGUUCCACGUAAGAUACUAACGUUUCCCAAAGAUGUGAAUCUUGAAUAAGAUUACCUCCUCGUUCUUUCCAAAAAAAGAAAAAAAAAAAAGAAAUCGUCAGAUUUUUCUAGGAUACAGCAAGUAAGAAUCUUGUACGACAGAAGCGUUUUCACAUUCGUGGACGUUUUUUGUCAUAUAACAUUCAGUAGUUUCAGAGACAUCUUACGUAAAGGAACGUGUCACGCUAUACUUUAGCCCGGAAGAUCGCGAAUCGUUCACGAUCAACGUCUCUUGGUACUUAUAAUUCGUGUGAACUAGUAAACUCCAAAAAAGGCGGAACACUCGUAAACGUUUCAUCGUUCGCCCUAGGCACUGUCUCGUGUUUGUUUAGAGAUGAAAAGUCAUACCUUCUCCCCCCCCCGUAGACCCUCGUUAAAUGAUCGAUAGACUUAGGCUCGUGUGUGAACCAGCGUAAACAGAUGUUUGAGAAAUUUUGGAUUAAAAAGAAAAAACGAAGAAGAAGAAGAAGAAGAAGAAGAAAAAGUUCUACGGUAUUUAUUAUGUUGCUUUCUUCGAAACGUAGAAUUUUUAUUUGUUAUUUUCUUUUCUUUCUUUUUACGUCUGAUGUCGCACUUUGCGUCGAUCAUGUAUUAUUCACGAACCAUUUGCAUCUUCUUUAGGCGACUAGCAAUAACGAAGGAUGUGAAAAACGUGGCUCCAGGGAGAAAAGAAUAGAAGAAAGAAUUGCAACGAUGAUCGAUCAGUUUAGUUAGACGAGGAAGCUUUCUGCAAGGGUAAUUUGACCCUUUCGCUGCGGACUGUGUACAGAGAGUAAAGCUGAGUUAGAAAAACUUUUACCAUUUUAUAGUUAAAGAUUUCGAGGGAUUGAAAAAUUGGGUGUGUUUAAAUUUUGGACGACGUGCAACUUAUUAUACAACAUGUAUUUCAGCGAAAGGGUACAUUUUGGUGUGAAAGGAAUGGAAAAAAGAACGGCGAAAACGAUACUAUAAUUCUCUAUCGUUUUUGUAAUCUGUCUGUUUGAAUUAAGUUAGGAAAUCACGCACGAUGGUCGGAAGUAUUGUGCCAAGUAACGGACCGCGUGUUUAAGAGACGUGAGAAAAACUGAGAUGUGCCAAAAUAUCAUCUGGAUUCUGUCCAGGAAAGAAUUGAAUUUUUAGCAGAAUAAAGAAAGUAAAGAGAGAGAGAGUGAGAGUGAGAGAGAGGAAAAGAAUGGGAAACACGCUCAACGGCACCUUCGUAUCUGUCAUUAUAUUGAUUCUGUAAAUAUUUGUGCACUUGUAUAGAAAAAAGAGAUGAUGAAUAAGAAGUUUAUCGUUAUUAUUAUUAA